AUGCGCUUCCAAACUGUUGCUAUCUUGGCCGGUGCCUCUGCCGUGUCUGCGGGUAAAACCGCCAACCUUCUCCUGCCUGGUUUCCAGGACCGUGACCUCGAGUGCGGUAUUCAGGGCUCGAGCGGCGAUGCCACCACUUACUUGGUGACUUGCCCUACCAGCGUUUCCGCCUGCGGUAUUCCCGGUGCUGGCAUGACUGCCAUCGCUGCCCCUACCUCUAUGCAGCUGAUCAACCCUGAUGGCAAGGGCAACACUGCCUCCGUCUCCUGCAACGUUGCCGGCACUACCUCGGCCUCUUGCGUGGCUCAGGACGGUACUGUCACCGUCUCCCACACUCUGGGCCCCAAGGACCUUAACUGGAUGCCUGUCACCAUCACCACCCCGACUCCCACGUCGACCCCCACUCCUACUUCCACCGUCACCCCGACCCCGACCUCGACUUCCACUUCGACUGUCACCCCGACCUCGACCUCCUGCCCUGUGUCGAGCCCCGUCAAGUCGUCCACUCGUGUGCCCUCUUCCACCCGUCUGGCGACCUCGUCGAUCCCCCUCAAGCCCACCGGCGGUGUCGUCACCGGCAGCCCCGCUCCCACUGGCUCUUCCACCGCCACCCCUCUCCCCAACGCUGCCGCCCCUCUGGCCGGCAACGUCUGGUCUCUCGGUGGAGCCGCUCUGGCCCUGGCCUUCGCUCUGGUCUAA